AUGUACAUCGUGUUUCGAUAUCUUCUCAUCACGGGAGAUGCAGAGAUCCAGGUCUGGCCUGACCUGCGCGAGGCCCACGACGCUACCUGCAACAAGGGCGUUGCGCGUGCAGAUUUAGCGGCAAAGUUUCCUCAUCUCGACUUGUCGGGGUGUCCAGAGCGCUGGGAUUUUCCGUCUCAUACCCCUGGUGAUGCGACGGUGCGUGCCGAGAGGGUUCGGCAGAGGGUGAGUGAGAUUGCCAAGGCGGGGAAAUACAAGGAUAUUGUGCUGGUAACGCAUCGGGGGUUUGCUGCGUUUAUGGUCCAGGGUGACAGGUUCAGUGUUUGUGAAUACAGAUCGUAUCGGUUUGCAGACACAGACGAGAUUGAUCAGGACAAGAGAUUUGGUUUAAAUGUCGAUACAUGCGUCAAACAAGAUUUUGGACCUACGCUGUUGCUACCGUUGGUUGAAAGAUAG